ACUAUUGUACUUCUUCCUGUAAAUUCAUUCGAUUCUAUUUCUGUUUGAUUUUUGUGUCAGCUGAUGAAACUGAUAGUCUUUUUUUACUCUUUACUCAGCUUUGACUAAGUUAUCAUAUUUAUUAUUUAGCAGUUUCGUUUUCUACUCUUACUUACAUAUGAGACAAGUUUGACUUCUACUAGAGAUUAUUUUUGGUUCGUUUGAGUUCCAAAUCCAAUCAAUCAGAUUACUAUGAUCCUUUGGAUAUCUUUGUCUUUUGUGGGGGUUUUGUGACAUAGGGACUGGUGAUGUUGAGUUUAAGCCUAUAUAAUUAAGGGGCUUUUGAUCAAUUUUAAUCAAAGUUGAUUGCUUUUUGCUUAGAACUGAUUCUUUUAUUGUCAAUUCUUAGUAAUGGGAAAGUUGGUUUCUUUGCCUUUGUCUUUUGCUUUUUCUGCAAGUGACUUUGUCAUCUCUCUGCCCUUGUAUCAUUUACGUUUAUGUGAAAGCAGUUUCUGGAAUUGAGAAACUAAGAGUAACAUGUUUUCGUCUAAUACGCUAUAAGCUUGUAUAUAUAUACAGAAUAUGCUUCUCAGGUAGGUUUGUGCUUGUUACUCUUAUAGACAUACUUGGGCGCUUAUCAAUAAUGUUAUGUUUGAUUUCGAUGGAUAAUUUGGCGAGAUUGAUGAUGCUUUUAUGUGUUAGUGUCUUCUUUUUGUUUUGGUCUUUUAUUUGCUCAAAAAAAAAAAAGUAUAACUCUCUGUAUGUAUUCUUGAAGACUUAUAUGUAAACAUAUGCUGCAAGAUAAUAUGAAUCGGAACAAAGAUGACACUGAGCCGACAAUUAAAGAUGAGAGUCCAUUCGGAAAGCUUUCAGAUGAUCUCUUGAUAGAGAUAUUUAUAAGAGUUCCAAUAACAAAGUGGGAUCAAAUAUCAUGUGUUAGAAAACAGUGGGCGAAUUUAUUCCGCGGAGAAUGCUUAUGGCAGGCUGCUCAUAAUCGUGUGUAUCCUCUUGCUAGCAAAACUAAGAGAUGGACUGGACCAAUCCGGCAAGGAUUAAGCAAACGGAGAUAUGUGGCUUUAUACAUCAGUAGAAACAUAUUAGGUGUGGAGACAGACAUUAAUGAGAUGCUUGGACAUAUUUACUUGUUCUUGAAAGACCAGCUUCAAGUUUCCACUACUCCUGCUUCAGGCAUCUUGCACGGAACCCUCAUCGACCAAUUGAUUGUGAGUGGCAAAUCGAAAGAAGAAGCUGAUGAGCUUACGACAAAGAUCUGGCUGGCUCUUCUCGACUAUUUAGAGGACACGAAACAUACAUUCAUCGUGCUGAAAUCAAUCGCACAAGAAUAUGAUGGCUUUCUUCCAUAUCCAUAUUCAAGACCGAUCAAGAUGCAGUGGAAGGUGUUUGAGAAACUGUUUGUGGACUUCCGCGACUUGCUUGAUCAUUCAGAGUACUGCGACCUUAUAGGAAUUGCCAAGAAGAAGUUUCAAACCGUACCUUAUAUUUGGUUUGGCUAUUAACAAACUUAGCUACUCUGUUAAGUGUUCCACUACUUGUAUGUACAUAAGACAAGACAUUCAAAGUCUGCAUCUUUGUAAGAAAGAAAGACGUCUAAAAUUCAGAUUCUUGGACAUGUAACAUUCGUUGUUAUUAGUUUUCUAAGCCAAAAGUCAAACUCUUUGUUGACUAUUUUAACUUCUUCGUUACUUUGCCAACUUCAGUUAUCCACUUUCUUCUUCUUCGAAAUGGUUCUCACGAAAGUGUUGCUGAUACUCGUUCUCUGCAUCUUGACGCAAUCCAACAAUGGAGGACACAUCUCAAUACUCGUCUCAAAAACGGGUCUUGAAUCUGCGAAAGAUUUUCUCAUAAACAGAGUUAUCUCUACGACGAUUCCGCUUCAGCUACCAGAGAUCGAGAAGAAGGUUAGAAUCCCUCUGAUCGGGAAAGUACGAAUGGGUCUAUCGAAUAUUCAGAUUGAUUCAGUUGAUGUCCAUUCUUCCAAGAUCGAGACCGGCAAAGAUGGAAUCUUUUUGAGUGUUUCAGGUGCGACAGCAAAUUUAAGCAUGGACUGGUCUUAUACUUAUAGAGCUUCCUUCUUUGAGAUUUCUGAUCAUGGGGAUGCUUUUGUCAAGGUUAAAGGAAUAGAUGUGAAAACCACUGUCACUCUGCUUGAUGAUUAUGGAAGCCUAAAGGUUGCCUCUCGGGAAAGUGAUUGUACAGUGGAAAACAUUGAUAUUCAUAUCAACGGUGGUGCUUCUUGGCUGUAUCAAGGGGUGGUUGAUGCAUUUGAAAAAACGAUCAUAUCUACUGUUGAGAACACUGUCUCUAAGAAAAUAUUGGAGAAGAUGAAGAAGCUUGAUUCUUUCUUACAAUCACUUCCAAAGGAGAGAAAGAUUGAUGACUCUGCUGCAGUCAAUCUCACUUUUACAGGCAACCCUGUAUUAGGAAAUUCGUCGGUUAAAGUUGCUAUUAGUGGUUUAUUCAUGCCAAAGGGUGAUGAUGUCAAAGUUUCAGGAUCUCAUUCUUCUCCUUCUUCCUUCUUUCGUGAGGUUAACAGAAUGGUGACAAUUUCAAUAGAAGAAGAAGUUUUCAACUCUGCAACACUUGUCUACUUCAAUUUGGUUUUGAUGCAGGCUAAGGUGAUGCAUUUAGUUAUUGGGGAAACAAAGAACGGGUCGAUUCUAAGCACGUCUGACUGGAAACUCAUCCUUCCAGAGCUGUACAAACAUUAUCCAGAUGAUAAAAUGAUGCUUAACAUGUCAGUAACAUCUCCUCCUGCUGUUAAAAUUACAGAGAAUGGAAUUGAUGCAACGAUUCAGCUAGACAUAGCUAUUGAUGUUCAAGACUCAGGAAAAGUCCUAUCCGUAGCACGCAUAUCAUCGGUUGUGAAUGUUGUGUGUUCUGCAGAAAUAGUCGAUGAAAAUCUAACUGGUAGCCUCAGAUUAAAUGAUUUCAAUGCAACAAUGAAAUGGAGUAAAAUUGGAGUGUUUCAAUCAGACUAUGUUCAGGCUGCUACGUCGAGGGUUCUUGAAGCCUUGUUUUUGCCGUACGUAAACACACGUCUCAAGAGAGGAUUCCCCUUGCCAAUUCCAAGCGAUUUCACGGUAAAAAACAUAGAGAUCGCCUAUGCUAAUAGUGCCAUUUUGGUCCGUACCAAUAUCGGAACUAGCACUAGCACAAACCACUAGUAUCUUGUUUAACUUCUUCUAUUGUAUGUAUGAAUGUAUGUAGUAUGCAGACUCAAUAUAUGGAACAAAGAUACACCCAAGCCUAAAGAAAAGUAAUGACAUCUUUCUGAGAGGUUAA